GUGCAUCUCCAACAGAAGUUGGAGCCAGGAGCACAUCACCAACAGAAGUUAGAUCCAGGAGCGCAUCACCAACAGAAGUUAGAUCCAGGAGCGCAUCACCAACAGAAGUUAGAUCAAGGAGUGCAUCACCAACAGAAGUUAGAUCCAGGAGUGCAUCACCAACAGAAGUUAGAUCCAGGAGUGCAUCACCAACAGAAGUUAGAUCCAGGAGCGCAUCACCAACAGAAGUUAGAUCCAGAAGCACAUCACCAACAGAAGUUAGAUCCAGGAGUGCAUCACCAACAGAAGUUAGAUCCAGGAGCACAUCACCAACAGAAGUUAGAUCAAGGAGUGCAUCACCAACAGAAGUUAGAUCCAGGAGUGCAUCACCAACAGAAGUUAGAUCCAGGAGCACAUCACCAACAGAAGUUAGAUCAAGGAGCGCAUCACCAACAGAAGUUAGAUUAAGGAGUGCAUCACCUUCAGUUUCACUAUGUUCAGAUACUCCCUCGCACCUCACAUCCUAUCCUUAUUUAGGAAACAUAACAAGUCACAUAACAAGUCACCCUGAACUCAAAUGGGGAAAAGACUAUGGAUGCUGGGAAAUGUCAAGAUCUCAAAAUGAUAACCCAGAAAAUCCUUCUUCAGAUGAUACAGGUUCGGAAUAUUUUGAUCCUCUACCAAGCAGGAAGAGAUUAAGAACAACCGCUUCACCUGUAGAUGAGCCUGAUGUGAAAAUAUCUAAAACUGAAUUGCCAUCCAGUGAACCGUCUCCUUCGAACCAGGUGUUAAAAAGACACCAAAGUGCAUCUUCGGACAGGGUGGACCCUGAGUUGGGGAUGAAACGCAGAAGGUUAGAUUCAUCGGUAACAGCUCCAGGGAAUUCAAGUGGUUUGGGGCCAAAGGAAAACUGCGGCCAGUGUAAUCCUUUGAUUGCAACUCUUGCUGCAAUAAUGGAAAAAUACAAAAAUGGACGCAAUGUACAACAUAAGGGCCUCUCAAAUCCUGUCAGAAAAUCAAAGAAAUUACCUCAUUGUACAAUCAUCACAAGGUCGAUAGCAAGGCUUAUAUCAAAGAGAUCUGCAAAUCAUAAUUACAUCCAUGUUUCUCAGAAAAAAAUGGAAGUAUUCAAAGCUGCAGCGGACGGAGAUCUGAAGAAGGUUCAGAAAAUGAUCCGAGACACAGGACCUGCCCUCAGAGAAGAUCAGACCGGCUUUACACUCCUUCACGCCGCUUCUGCCAAUAGCCAACCGGACGUCGUAUUAUUUCUCUUGAAGCUGAUCGACCCAAAUAUAACCAAUAACCAGGGCCAGACUCCUGCACACGUGGCUGCCAUCAGAGGUCAUACUCAAGUGCUGAGGAUUUUGUUAUCCGACGAAGAAAUAAACCAUGAAAAGAAGGAUAACUUCAGAAUGACGUAUAAAGACUUGUUGUGUGUACCAUUGAUCGAGGCGGUGCUGCAGGGCAAUAUCGCCAUGGCUCAUGAGGUGCUGCAGCUAGGUGCUGACCCUGACUGCUGCAUUGGCCAUUUGAUGAAGGAUGUACUGGAGAAUGAACAGCGCUUUGACACGCCUCGUCAACUUGCCCAUAAAACCAACCAAGAACACAUUAUAAACCUCUUUAUCCAGAAAUGCGGCAAAAUGAGAUCAAGAAAUACUACAACACAGGAUAGUGCUGCAGUGCCCCUGUGGAAUACCAAGGGCCAACUCCUGAGAAGUCCGCCAAGCCCUGCUGUAGCAGCAGAAGCACACCCUGUCGCGAGAACCAACGUUUACAGGAUGGAUUCAGAUUGUAGAGGUUUUGUGUGCAUCCUAAACUACAGCUCGUUUUGUGGUCGCCCAGAUCUGAGUCUCAAGAAUGCAACGAAAAAUGUUUCAGAUUUAUCAAGCGUAUUUCAGGACAUGGGAUAUUCUGGUCGUACUUUUACAUCUCUGACCGCAGACGAAACCAAAAAGGCUUUGGCCGAUGUUAGAGACAUGGAUAUUCUUGAUGAAGUUGGGUGCGCUGUUUUCAUCGUUACUAGCCACACAACAAGGAAGGAUAACUUUUUAACUUCUGAUCUCAAACUGUUGGGAACUGAAUGGUUUCAGGAGUUUUUUAAGGAUUCAGAGUGUCCUAAACUUAGAAAUAAACCCAAAUUAUUUAUCUUUGACUUUCACUGCGGGCGCUUUAGAGAACAGUAUAAGUAUUUGCAAGCCCCAAGCAAGAUAAAAAGAUUCAGUGAGCCGUUGCAGGACAUGAUGUGCCUGUAUUCCAUCACUAAAGCAAGUAGCCUUGUCGAGGAUAGGUCUUCGUUCGGCGCCGCCCUCCGUGCCACUUUGCAGCGCUGUGCUCAAGACAAGGAACUGGGGGAGGUGUACAGGGAGCUCGUGCAGGAGUGCGCCAACACUUCCCCGACGUCCGUGCUCGAGUUAAGGACAUUUGGCUUUACUAAGGAGUUUUUCUUCCGCUCAGAAACCCAUUCCUCUGGCCCAGGAUGAAUGCUAACCAGCAAAACUGCAGCGCGAUGCACUCAAAUACUGUUAUAUAAGAGUACGAAAUCAUAUAAUGCACCUGAAGAGAGAUAGCACUUUAGAUUAGAUUCAUCG